AUGGCAGAUACCGCUCAAAAAUCUCCCUCAAGAAGACUCUCUGCAGUCUCUUCAACUUCUACUAACGGUACUUUAUCUGUCCGAAAUCGUACUUAUCAAACAAAUUCUUCUAAUAAUGCUGUAACAAAUGACGAUUUCCCUUCAUGGUCUCAACAAUCGCCUGUGAGAAGUACUUCUACAAAUUCACAAAGGGGGUCUUCACCGUCUAAGAAAACUAGCGGUAAUCCGGUAAAAAAAACAAAAGAUGGGAGAAUGGAUAUGGGAUUGUUAGAAACCGCUCAUCUUGAUCAAUCAACCCCAUCCUCAUCUAGUCAAUCAAUUCUAUCUCGUAAAAAAUCUA